UAGAAGACGUAAGUGGUGAGAGUGGCGAGGAAAGUGCUUAUCACGUGUGUAUGCUCGCAAGGAGUGCCCGGCAGCUUAUCAAGUAAUAUCCAGUUUAACAUAACAAGGUCGAAGUUUUAGUGCGUGAAUGCCUUCAAGAGAGAGAGAGACAGAGUGGUUCCCAGGAUAGCCAGUGCCUUGUCUUCACUGGUGGCGAUAAGAGGAGAUGAUCCGGACCCUUUCAGCGGUGCAGAGGUCAUGGUCAAGCGUGUGGCGGGUCUCGCGGCGCCUGGCUAGCGCCUGCUCCUCUGCCUGGCCCCGCUCCUGUGAUGUGCUGGUGGUUGGGGGCGGUGCUGUGGGCUCCUCCUCCGCCUACCACCUGAAGCAAAGGGCGGGGAGGGACCUGAGCGUGGUGGUGCUGGAGCAAGACUCAACAUACAAGAAGGCCUCCACCGUCCUCUCCCUCGGUAACAUCAGGCAGCAGUUUAGCGUAGCAGAGAACACACUCCUCUCGAUGUACGGCGCUUCUUUCCUCCGUCGGGUGCCUGAACUUCUAGCAGUUGAAGGCCAAGAUCCCGUAGACAUCAGGUUCUUUCCCAGAGGCUACCUGUUCCUUGCCACGCCGGAGGGACUGAAGCAAAUGGAGGAGAACUACAAACAGCAGACGUCGCUAGGGGCGGAGGUGGCGUGGCUGUGGCCGGACCAGCUGAGAAAGGUGUACCCGUGGCUCACCUUCCAGGACAAUAUAGUGGCUGGGGUCCUCGGCACAAACAAUGAAGGAUGGUUUGACCCGUGGAGCCUCCUGCUGGGGAUACGGCGGAAGGCGGAGUCUCUAGGGGCACUUUACCUUCCUGCCAAACUGACAGGUCUCCAAUACCGCCAACAGGAACCCCACCAGGCCACUGCUACAUCCACGAGGUCCCUCACCACAGCCCAGAUGAGACUCAAGAGCGGAGAGGAGAGGGAGAUCUCCUUCUCUACCCUAGUGGUGGCUGCCGGGGGUUGGUCAGGCGAGGUGGGUCGUCUGGCGGGCUUGGGCACCGGCGAGGGCGUCCUGGCCACGCCCAUCCCGGUGGAGCCAAGAAAACGGUUCAUAUACUGCGCCCACGCCCCUGACGGUCCGUGGGAGGGGUGUCCGGUCUUCAACGACUACACGGGCAUGUACUUCAGGCCAGAUUCAACCAGACCUCAGUACUUCUUCUGUGGACGGUCGCCCUUGGAGGAGGAGGAGCCGGACCCGACGGAUCUCAGCGUGGACUACAGCUUCUUCGACACCCACGUGUGGCCUCAGAUGGUUGAGCGAUGCCCGGAGUUUGGGAAUUUGAAGGUGAAGAGUGCAUGGGCUGGUUACUAUGACUACAACACCCUUGACCAGAACCUGAUCCUCGGCUUCCACCCCGUCUAUACUAACAUGUGCAUCGCCACGGGGCUGAGUGGGCACGGCAUCCAGCAGUCGCCAGCAGUGGGACGUGCCGUGAUGGAGUGCGUGGUGGACGGUCGCUCACACUCCAUCAAUCUAGACAGGUUUAGCUUCGACCGUAUUCUCAACCGCCAGCCACUCAAGGAGAAGAUGGUGAUGUGAGGAGAACAUGCGAGCGUGAAGAGAGGGUGAAGAUGAGGCAAUGAUGUGUACAUGAUACAUAGGGUGAUAGAUAGGUGAUGGAUAUGGCUGUGUGUGGGGGUUAUGUGGUGAGAAAAGAGUAAGGGUGGUUUUUGUAAGGCCUAGGUGAAAGUGUAAGGGUAUAUAAUGAUGAAAGGAUGUAAUGGAUGAGAUGUACCGCUUUUUGGGGUGAUGUGAAAGGUGGUGGAUUAAAGAGUGAUUGUGUAGAAGUUAUCGUGAAGUGAGAAAUUGAUAAAGAUGGGAUAAGUAAUGAUGGAAUAGAGGUGUACGGGUGUAUGAUGAUAAUGAUGAUAGGAUGUGAGAGAUGAGAUGUAAGGAUGUUUAGGAUGAUGCAGAAGAAAGAAAGUUAAAGUGUGGAUGAUAAUAAUAAGGCUGGGAUGAAAUUUCAAAGCUGUAUGGUGAUGGUAGAAUGUGAGAGACCAGACGUAAAGAUGAAUGUUUUAUACCAUAGGAAGAAAACAUAAAUAUCAACCUAAAAUAAAAAAAAGGGCAACCGUAUUUUUGUUAACAAAGUGAAAAUAACGUGAUUUAAAGGAACAUACAAGUUCUAAUUCCAGUUUUAGGAAUAAUCUAAACCAUUUGAGGGACAGAAUUUAAGUCGUAAAAUGAAAGAAAAAUAUAGAAUUCUCUGAAGUUGACCAAUUUGACGCCGCUAGUGAGAAGAAAUGGCGCUGCAGUAAACUUUUACACGCACUGUCCACACUGGAAAUGAAAAGUGCCAUGCAGGACACACUGUUGUUGUAUAUUGGCCAGAUGUGAACCACGGUGUUUUAGUGGUGUUGGUGUUGGUGCUGGUGUGUUGGGAGGGAAAGAGCGGCAGGCGAGGGAAAGAAUGAAAAGAAUGGAAAUGUUUGAGUGGGUCUUCCCUU